AUGUCACCUAGGAGAGUAAGGAGCACUGACUCGAAGCAGGAGAGCACCGCAAAAGAGAUCGAUCUGCAGGACGAUGAUCCUCGAGCUCUGCGCGCGCUUCUCACUUACAUUUACACCUUCGAAUACGCGGAGUCGCCGGAGCAGAAGGAUGACUGGAGGUUCCAUCUUGCUGUCUACCGAGUGGCCCGCAAAUACAUGGUCAAGAAGCUGAAGGACAAGGCCUUCGCCGCGUUUCACUACCUUCGCCUGACGCUCAACGAUAUGAGCCAAGUCCUGGAAGUCCUGGAAGCUUUGUACGAAGAAGCAGACGAUACUCUCACACAGUCGGCCGACACCCUCUUGCAAAUCCACCUCAAGACGCUGGGCGACUUUGAAGGAUUUCGAGCGGCGAUCGAGGAAGACAAAGUCCUCAUGUGGCGGUAUCUCGACAAGCUCAAGGCAGGCCUCAAGCCGGAGCCGAAGCCGAAGCAAGAGACGGAGCCGGGGAAAGUCGAGAUGCACUGGGCUCGCUGCUCCUGUGGCUGGAGACGUUUCCUCAGCCCAGGCCAAAAGGUGUGGCCCGCGUGUGGUCGAAGGGCAUGUUCCGUAACUUCCGCUCCGGCUGCCCAGACGGUGCAGUCCAUGUGGCUUCGACGCAAACCAGACGGGACUGUGGAUGUGCCUUUCGUCUGA